AUGAUUCCUUUCACAGCCUGUGCAGCCCAGUAUUUCUGUCUUAUGUUUGGAGCCAUGGAGUGCUUCCUCUUGGCUGUGAUGGCCUAUGAUGGUUACAUGGCCAUCUGUAACCCCCUAAAGUAUUCAAUCAUCAGGGAAGAGAAGGCAUGUCUCCAGAUGGCAGCUAGUUCCUGGAUCAGUGGCAUUCCAGUCCAGAUAGGGCAGAUGUCACAGCUAUUCUCCCUGCCCUUCUGCGAUUCCAACAGGCUGAACCAUUUUUCCUGUGCUAUCACACCAGUUCUCAAACUGGCCUGUGGGGACACAGCUAUGAAUGAACUCUCAGUCUAUGCUGUAGCCCUGCUCUUUGGGACAGCCCCAUUUCUCUUGAUACUCGUAUCCUGUGUCAAAAUAAUCUCCACCAUCCUGAAGUUGCCUUCAGCCACUGGGAAGCACAAAACCUUCUCCACCUGUUCUUCCCACCUCAUAGUUGUCACCUUGUUCUUUGGAUCUGCUAUCAUCACAUAUCUACGGCCCAAAUCAAGCCACUCAGGGGGUGUGAAUAAAUUUCUGUCUCUGUUAUACACCAUGUUUAACCCCAUGAUAUAA